AUAUAAGGAGGAAGAAGAGGGGGGAGAAAAAACAAACCAAUUAAACAGAUGAUUAAAAAUCUUUCCUCUUAUAGCUCUGGUGUUUUUUUUUUUAUAGCAUAUGUAUUUAUGAAGUUCAGCAGCCCAUAUGAUAAAUUAGCCUCUGUAUUCACCAGGGUCCUCCCACCCCUCUGUCUUGUUCUCUAAUCCGCCCACAUGUAUCGUCUGAGGAGGAGAGAGAGAAAAAACUAGUGCAGAAGGUGACGCUCCUCCAAAGGAACAGAGAGAGGCACAGAGAGAGGAAAAGAGGUGUCUACAGGCUGCAUCUCCAUUGAAACAUUUGCAAAAAAAGGGUUGGAGACAAGAGGAAGAGCUGAAUGGUAGCUACACCCUGCGCCUGGAAGCGUAGAGACACUGUAACAAAGGCUGGCAAUUCUUUUUUUUUGUGGCAAUAACAAAGAGGUGGGAGAGAAAGGGGGAAUCGAGGGGAAAUAGCAACAACAACAACAACAAAAAAGCAGCCAGUUUUCAGGGUGGACUUCUUGCUUCAUUUCAUCCGAAAAAGACUCAUCCCUUUUGCCCAUCAUCAGCAUGACCAUAAGCUAUAAGUAACAAUCGGCAAUAACGCUGUCCACAAAACGAGAUUUUCAGGCGCGCAUAUUUUGAUUUCGAAUUGCCUUUUGCGAGAAACUGGAUAUACUCUGUGAAAUCAUAAGAAAAGAGGUGAUCUAACAAAGAACAACUACAUUUUGAUUGAUCUUUUUUUUUUUAAAGCUUGAUGUGCGUGUUUCUGCACGCACUCGAAACGAACCUGAACCAAACUCCUCAGACUCCUCCUCCCUCCUCCUCCUCCUCCUCUUCGGUUUCUCUCAUCCUCUCCAUCCCUCUCUCCUCCUCCCCCCCCCCACCCCCACCGGUCCUCCUAUGCUCAGCUCGGUGUGUGUAUCCUCUUUCAAAGGGCGCAAGGGUGGGAACAAGUCGUCCAGCAAAGCAUGUUACAGCGCAGACAUGACUUGUCCGUCGGAAAGCGAGAAGAUCGUGAUAAACUGCGGGGGGGUGCGGCAUGAGACCUACCGGAGCACCUUAAAGACGCUGCCCGGUACCCGCUUAUCGUGGCUCACCGAGCCGGACGCCUUCAGCAACUUCGACUACGACCCCAAAUUAGACGAGUUCUUCUUCGAUCGCCACCCGUCCGUGUUCUCCUUCAUCCUCAACUACUACCGCACUGGGAAGCUGCACUGUCCCAACGACGUGUGCGGUCCUCUGUUCGAGGAGGAGCUGGCUUUCUGGGGCAUCGACGAGACGGACGUGGAGGCGUGCUGCUGGAUGAAUUACCGGCAGCACCGGGAUGCGGAGGAGGCGCUGGACAGCUUCGAGAAUCCGGAGCCGGACGCACCGGACGAUGAGCCGGCGCUGGGAGGCGCGGAUGGAGACUUGAAGAGACUGUGCAUGCAGGAGGACGCGAGGAAAGCUGGCUGGUGGAAAACCUGGCAACCCAGAAUAUGGGCUCUGUUUGAAGACCCCUAUUCCUCCAAAUAUGCCCGGUAUGUGGCAUUCGGCUCCCUGUUCUUCAUCCUGAUCUCCAUCUCCACUUUCUGCAUGGAGACGCAUGAGGCCUUCAACACCAUCUACAACAAGACAGAGAACGUCACGGUGGGGGACAUCACCCGCGAGGAGAUUGUAUACGAGGUGGUGACCGACAGCUGGUUGACGUACGUGGAGGGCGUGUGCGUCAUCUGGUUCACCAUUGAGGUCCUGCUGCGAGUCACCUUCUGCCCCGACAAGCUUGAAUUCUUCAAAAGCAGCCUCAACAUCAUCGACUUCGUCGCCAUCCUGCCCUUCUACCUGGAGGUGGGCCUGAGUGGCCUGUCCUCCAAAGCUGCCAAGGACGUCCUGGGGUUCCUCCGUGUCGUCCGAUUCGUCCGUAUCCUCCGAAUCUUCAAGCUGACCCGCCACUUUGUGGGUCUGCGUGUCCUGGGCCACACCCUGCGCGCCAGCACCAAUGAGUUCCUCCUGCUCAUCAUCUUCUUAGCACUUGGUGUCCUCAUCUUUGCCACCAUGAUCUACUAUGCCGAACGAAUCGGCGCACACCCCGAUGACCCGACAGCGAGCGCCCACACCACCUUCAAGAACAUUCCCAUUGGAUUUUGGUGGGCCGUUGUGACCAUGACCACGCUGGGCUAUGGAGAUAUGUACCCGGAGACGUGGUCAGGGAUGCUGGUGGGUGCUCUGUGUGCCUUGGCUGGUGUGCUGACCAUCGCCAUGCCUGUACCUGUAAUUGUCAACAACUUCGGCAUGUACUACUCUCUGGCAAUGGCCAAGCAAAAGCUGCCCAAAAAGAAGAACAAACAUAUCCCCCGAGCACCUCAACCAGGGUCCCCCAACUACUGCAAGCCAGACGCCCUGGCUAUGGCUACCGCAUCACCGCAAAGGCUCUUGGGAAACGUCCUAGGUGGAGUGAUGGGUUCUGGAGGCAUGGGGGGUGACUGUCCUCUCGCCCAAGAAGAAAUUAUAGAGAUUAACAGAGAUUCCAAGCAGAACGGUGACGCAGCCUCGGCCGCCUUGGCUAACGAGGACUGUCCCACCAUCGACCAGGUGCUGAGCCCAGACGAGAGGAGCCCUAUUGGGCGAGGUCCUACCCGGGAACGCUACCAGCAGGACCGCGCCUGCUUCCUGCUCAACACCAGGGAAUUCCGCGCCACAGAUGGGAAUGUGCGGAAAGCAACGGGCUACGAGAAAUCUCGCAGUCUCAGUAACAUAUCGGGAAUGGCGGGGUCGUCACUGCGGCUCGCUCCUAUCACUAGCCCUCCCUUUGAAACCUAUGAGGCCCCAGGACCACUGCGCCGCUGUCGCUCCCCAAUCCCCUCCAUUUUGUAGCAAAAAAAAGGAUGUUCAUGAUUGGAUGAUAAGAGAUGCAGUGGAUUAGCUGUGGACUGAUCGCGUUGAAGCCUCCAUUUGGAUUGUACGCCGUGCAAAAACAAUAGCAAUAACAUGAAAUUAACUUGAAUGUAGAAAGAAUGACCCUUGUCUUGUGAAUCCAAUGGUUUAUGAUGUAUGCAUCAGGUUAGCUGAUGGGGUCAAAUACAAAUUCUAGCUUUAAAGGUACACUAUUAUUUUAAAUUAUUAGAAGAAAUGUAAAAAAAAAAAAAAAAAAUUGGUUAGUUAAUAAGAUAGUAUUGGAGAUUAAAAACAUUAUGAAAAUGUGCACAGUUACAUUUUAAAAUGUAGGAUUGAGUGUGUAGAUGGACAUCCAUUUUUUUUAAAUGUUCUGGACCAAACAAAAAGCUCACAACACUGUCCAGAGAAAUGACCAUGAAACAAGAUACUUCAGUUCAUUUAGCCAAAGACAAAAAUACAUUUAUAGAUUAGAUUGAUGUUGAAAAGGUUUCUACUUUCUGUCUUUUGUGAAUAUUGAUGUAUGUACAGCGUAUAGACAUCAUUUGGGUAAUUCUCUCUAAAAGACAGACUUCUAUAGGUCUCAGUAUUUAAUUUUAUAUCAUCAUCAUCGGACACUUUAUGUUGAUAGUUUACACAGCAAAGCUAAGAGAUGUCAACAAUUGAAAACAAAAAAAAUUAGAUUAAAAGAAAAUAAGUAUUGUACCAUAAGAGCUAUCUCAAUUGUGCGGCCUAACAUGACUUAAAAAUUGUAGUUUAUUUUAUUACCGUUAGGAUCCCAUGUAUGCAAUUGCUACCUUCCAGUGUACAGUUAAAGGUUUACUCAGUCACUUUCUUCAGCAGUUGCAAGCAUGUUGUCUAAUACAUUUCUAUAUAUUUAUCAUCAGCUUAUGCAUCAUAUGCAAUUAUAACAAUCAUAUUCCAAAACAAAAAUAUUGCCCCCCAAAAUGUAUAAAAAAUAAUUUACGAAAAUGUUUUAUUUAUUUGUCUCAAUGGUUAUGUAGCAAAUCUGCCAGAUUAGCAAAUAAUGUAGCACGAGUUUAGUUGUUGACAAGAGUUUAGUUUAACAAGGCGGGUAGCAGGAUGAGGUUAGUUGGAAUUGGGAGACGGCGUCGUGUAGCGGCCAUUAUAAUGUGUAAGACGAGGGUCAUGUGAUCGAUGGAGGUAGCCGAGCUAGCGCUAGCUUGUUACUUACUACUGGCCUUAGCUAAUAAGUCACACCAAUGGCUGUGGGUUCAACAAAAUGUGAUUUUAUGAGUUGGAAAAUUAAGCACUCAAAGUCUUUGUUUUUGUUCACGUGCAUUAGUUUUCUGACAAGCUAGUUUGCGAAUAUGCAAAGCUGGUUGUUAGUAAAACUGAAUGACUUAAUGUCAUUUAAUGUUGGUGCUUCACACUAGCACAUAUAGACCUUAUCAACCCAGUUGUUUCUGUUCUCAUGACGGCAGAUGGGUCGUAAUGUAUCAGGGUUUAGGGCGUUUUUAGCAUUUGAAACUGGUUGACAUUGUUAGGUCAGCAGAGGAUCUCAACUGUGUUUUGUCUCCCAGACAGUCUUCAAAAUAGCACAAUUAAGCGAUCACGUCCUCAAUUAAUAAUUUCUAUUUGAUGAUGUACUAUAUGACUGAGUGAAGAAUAGAAAUGCUAAUCAGGACAGUUAUGAAAAUGAAAUAUAUACUUAUGUGGGCGUACAAUUUUUCAAAGAAAUCUAAAUGCAAUGUAAUAAGAAAGCUACUUAAAAAUAUGAAACAAAUAUACUUAUAAAGUCAGAUAUGGAUGACCACAUAAUUAAUGAUAUACUUAAAACAAAUACAAGCACUUUACUAACUUCAUUGUUAUUACUAACCUUUAAAGUUUGCAUGUUGGGAUAAGACUCAGACCAUAUUACAACAAAUUCAUAAAUUGAACAUGUGAGACUACCCGAUAUAAUGUCUCUAACUAAGGAUGUUCAGCUUUUCUAAAUAUCUGUUUCACAGCUUCACUGUUUGAUUUUUUAAUUAUAUUUUUUCCAUCAUUUUUUUGUGUUUUGUUCAAAUGUUUGUUUAAAAAAUUAUAUAAAUUAAAACGACGAAAUGCAAUCUGUUGGUUAAUCUUUGAAAAAAUAUGACAGUGGUCACAAUAUACCAUUCCCUCAAUAAUUUAAAAUAACGAAUCUCUUUUAGGCAAUUUAAAGCUUUUAUUUUUGUUAAUGAUUGCAAUACUCAUGAAAAUGUUAAACGUUGAGCAAAAAAAGAUAAAAAAAAAUAAUAUCACAUUCACAUAUGCAAUAAACAUGCAAUAUUAUUUUAAUGCUGGAAAACAUGCUGUGCACAUACAUAUGUAAAUAUGCAGAUCUAUUUUUUAUCUUAAAAAAAAUGCACAGACUUUGUAGGCAGUCUACUUAUUAUCUUUGAUUUAACUGUUCCAAGAAGUAUUACAAUGACAUCAUGAGCCAUUUGUCUUGUUUUAUUUCAAGUCAAUGUUACUGGUCAUUUAAACUUUUUGAUGUUGUUGCUGCCAUUUUUUAAUUGUUUCAGUUUUGUAAUGGUUUUAUAUUUUUUUCACUUGUACUGGUAAUGUGUAUUUCAUUGUAAGGAAUGACUUUUCUGUACCACUGAUUGUCUAAAAUAACAUUUGUUGAAAAAUAUGUUGUAUUUAACUGUCCUUAAGUUCUUUAACAAACAGAAACGUAGUGAGGCUGAAAUCACGAGGAAAAACUGUAAGUGCUUUAGAAUUUUUUUCAGGUUUAAAGGGAGAGUAUUUAGAGUAUUUACUUGUGUAGAGAGUCAGGUCCUGAUAUUCUUAUUGUCAUAAUCGAUGGUCCCGAUUGCCAUUUUGUCUAAAAAUUCAUGUGCUUCCAGACCCCUCAUCUUUGAGAACUUAGAUAUGCAGUAUUAUGAUUCAGGAUGAAAGCUAUAACAUCAUGAAUCUGUUGUCGACUGGAGUUGGAGAGGUUUGUAAAAGUUGUCUCAUUUACAAUAGAUGCUACCAUACAGUCACUGCAAGAAGUAAUUCUUGCCUGGUUUCGUCUGAUACGGGUUUUUGAAGGCCAUCGCACAUAUUUUCAGACCGACGUCGUGCUUAUACUCAUUAUUGUUACAUUUCACCAUUAUGAUGUUAAAAAAAAUGACAAAUUUAGUGUCGUCUGAAAAUAUCUGAAACAGCAUGCAGAGCAUUGUUUCUCCGGUGAAUUCCAAGCACUUUUUGACAGCAGCUCCUUAAUGUAUAAUGUCAACUUGAACUUAGGGAAGGUGGGGAAACUCUGGGAUAGUACGUUUUUAAAUUGAUUUAAUGAAGAUGUAAUGAUAUACGUUCAUUGGACUGGGUUCAGUUCUCAAAAGCUAAUCUGUAAUUUUUGCUAGCAUCACUUCUCUCAGUGCACAAAACCUCAUGAAACCUUUUAAGCGCACAUGCAUACUGUUUAAUCUUAACAUGACUCCACAAUGUGGAUGUCAGAAUUUGCGAUACUUUGAAUUAUAAUGGUAUGCCACUUUAUUUGGUAUGCACAUUUUCUGUUACAGUCAAGGAAAAUGUCCAUCCGUCUUAUAUUUUUAUAUAUAUAUAUAUAUAUAUAUGAAAUGUUUUUCUUUGACACCACAAUUGACUGAAAAUGGGUGAGAGAAAUAUCAUCUCACACCCUACCUUAAUUUUAACAUUUAUGACUACAGAAGUACUGUAAUUGUUCAUAUUUGAUUUGUAAUGUAUCUAAAUUGAGCUGAGGAAUGUCAUAAUUGUGGUUUUGUUGAGCUUUAGAGAGUCAUAUCACAUAGUAGUGGCCCAUGCAAAUCACCUAGGACACUCUGACGUACACAUUGUUUAAGUAAACAAAACAGGCAGAUGUUUUAAGUGCCUCUAUGAGGCCCCCUGUAGGCCCUUAUGCCAAUUUAGGAGUUCAAGCAAACUAGCUAGAUUUAACUAGCUAAACCUUCCAAGCAAUGCUUAAUAGGUCAGUGGUUAUUAUUGAAUAUGUACAUAUCUGUAUCUACACAUGUGAAUACAUUAAAGUCAUACAGAAUUAAUACAUCUAUGUAUACUUUGUGAGUUUGGGGCAGGAAGUUUCAUAAAAAACAGAAUGAUUUAAUGUAUAUCAUCAGAAACGUUUUAUCCUGCGAUACUCAGUGAAGUGCCAAACUAACCUAACUACACCACUUAACCUGGCUUUCUGGUUAUGUAUACACACAAAGUAUGUUUGUGUAUUAUUUUACUGUACCAUUUACACAUGAUAUUUGGUCCUACAUGGGCCCAAAGCACUGUAUUCUAUUGAAUAUAAAUGUAAAGUACAUGUAAAUAUGUCAAUGAUUGUUGCUAAUGUAUCCUGAAAGGCAUGUAUGUAUGGUACAUGUGGUAUGUGCAGCUUUGAGAACAAAAUGCAGAGACUGUUUCACUAUAAUAUUUGGAUUUAGUAAGUAUGAUGGAGAAUUAGGGCCACAUUGAGGAAAAAAAAAAUAAAUCUGAGAUUUCGAGAAUAAAGCGAUCGAUUUAUGAGACAAAGUCGUAAUAUUAUGAGAAUAAAGUCAUACGUUUACAAGAAAAAAAGAUGUAAUAUGAGAAUAAAGUCAUUAGUUUAAGAGAAAAAAGUCGUAGUAUUAUGAGAAUAAAGUCAUAAUAUUACACGGACCGAGGGGAAAUUUAUGUAAUGACUUAAUUCUCGUAAUAUUACAACUUUUUUUUCUUGAAUAUAGUAUGACUUUAUCCUCAUUACGACUUCUUUCUUGUAAUAUUAUGACUUUAUUCUCGAAAUCUCAGACAUUUUUUUUCCUCAAUGUGGCCCUAUACUCUGUCGUAAGUAAGAUUAGGAAUACUACAGUAAAAGCUGUUUUACUGUAAGUACAGUCGUUUAAUUUGUGAGACGAUGGGGAGAAAAUGCUAUUUGAUCAACUUUGAUUUGUGCAAUGAGAUUGACACCAGUUAAACCACUGUGUGUCUGUUACUAUGGUGCAUAAUAUGGCAUUUUCUAUCCACUAAAUAAGUGCUAUAUGAUUGUCAUGGCAUGUAGCAAACUAAUGUAGUGCCGGGCACACUGAGGUAUCAAUUCUCUUUAAGCAAAUUGCAUUGAUCAAAGAAGUUCACCAAGAAGUGGGACUAUUCCUUUGACUUUGACCUACUAGUAUCAUCGAUCAAUAAGCUGUGAUGAUUUACAGCACCAGUGCAUAAUGACUGUGCGUAACAACACAAAAGCUGCUUUGGCGCCAUUUCAGGAUGUCACUGGUGCCAGAAGAAAAGACAGAAAAGUCUGGUUUGUGUCCAAACAAACAUCUUUAGACGUGUGAACAUGUGCACGAUUUAGUGAAAAGUGUAGCACCGAAGAAGGUAUAUAAUACACAGGAAUUUAUAAAUAUGGCACUUCUAGAUUCUUGAGAUUCUGUAAACAGACAUCUUUGGUAAAUAACAUUGUUUCUUUUUUUAUUGUGGUUAAAUAAAUGUAAUUUAUGGGGUUGUUAGAUUGCUGAUAGACCGCCCCAUUAAUACAGGUGCAUGCCUCCCUUUGUGUGCAGCAAAUAGCUUUUUGACCACAGUGAAAAUGUUGUUUUUGAAAGGCUACACUCCAACAAAUGUGGGUUGAAGCAGAAUAUGUUGUUAGUUUUUGCUACUAAGCAUCAAAAAAAUAUAUAUCUUUUAAAAUAGUUUUAUAUCCAGACUUUUGUAUACUACGUGUUUUAUGAUUUUAGUUAUAAAUGAGCAAAUCUAAUUUUGGCCACCUCAGAGCAGACAAAUCUGGCGCGCCCCCCCUAAGGAGGGCCCAGACCCCAGGUUGGGAGCCACUGGUUUUAUCCACUAAAUCCCUAACAUCUACCAUACAACUGGUCUUUAGAAAAUAUGAACUGUGUCUCACUAAUAGCUUUUCUCUGGAGAAAACUGCAACUAUACAGUGGGAAUUGACAGAGGAAGAGGGUGAAACGAAGAGCAGACGAAGAGCUAAUGCGGCUGCAAUAAAGGAUAAUGUUUGUAUUGGGUUGAUGUUUGCUGGUGAGACCACAACAGAAGUGUUUAAUCUCCCGGUAAAUAAUGCGUGAUGCCAGCACAUGUGAUACAAGAAUUGUUUGCCAUAACUGUAGGGAAAGAAUUAGAAAAUGCUCAACCUACUGUUGUUAACAAACAUCUUCUUGAAUUUGCACCUGUGUUUGCGUGAUGUGUAGCUUACGUUGGGGGUUAAGCCUCCUGAAAUGGUGUAAUUCCACUACUUCUUUACAAUGUGAAAAAAAGUAUGUUUGUAUGUGUCCAUCUGUCAAAAAUGUGUUUUUGUACAUAUCAUUCAAAUGAAAAUGUUUGCACACACACACACACACAGUCACCAACACACAUACACACAUUAACGAAUAACUGGUCAUCAUCUGCCUAUCGCCUAAUCUUGUUCAAACUUCUCUGUACAUAAUUCACUCCUGUAAAGAUGAUGAUUUGGCAGAGUGGGGAGCAUGGUGCUGGUCAGUUGGCUGGCAGCUUGUUUCAUUCAGUCUACUGUUUGUUUUUCUAAUAUUGUCAGCCACCAGUUUUAUUGUCACCAUUUCUCGAUUUUUGUUAUUCAAGAAUGUGCCAACGUUGUGUCUGUAUGUUGGAGAUAGCCUGUUGUUGUAGCUGUAUUCUGUAGAGUUGUCAUUACAGUUUAAAUGUGUGCACUUCAUUCUGACAUGCACAGUUAACCAGCAGUUUACAGGUAAUGGUAAUCCAUGAUUCCCUAUUGUACAUAAUGUUAGUGACACUGUGUUAUUGUGGAAAACUGUGUAAUUGGCAAAUUCCAAAUAUGAGAUUGGUUUAUAUUAGUUGAGCACUUUUAUAAACCAAUCAAGUGCUUACUCGUAAUGUUACAAAAAUUUCACUUGAACAUGAUUUAUUACAAAUUCAGUUUAUUCUCUGUGAACUUAAUAUUAAUGGCUUUCUGUUUUUGUCUUCACAGUGUUAAGUUUCUAGCGUUCGCCUUCUCUCUAAUGAGGAGUCAGUAACCGGUAAACACAAAUUUACGGCGGGAGCCACGUAAGCAACAGAGUGUGCAAGGAUGGACAGUUUAAAGGAGAUCUGUGGGGUGACAAGAGAGAGACCAGAGGUUAAUCAUGAAUUUAAAAAUCACAUGGUCUGCUCCUCACGUUGUUACCAAAGCAGCCUCUUGGAACUCCAACCACAUUUUUUGACAACUGUCUGAUUGACUUUUUUUUUUUCUUCUUCUUCCUUUUUUUCGGCAAACUGACUGAGCAUAGCACUGACACACUUUUUGGGAGAGAAAAGGACUCCUGAUUACACAUUCCAGAUGACAUCAUUGUACUCGCCAUCUUGUAUGAUGACCAACUCAGUACCGCCUACAGUGCUGAACAACUGAGCAACUUCACACGUUUCCGAAAAAAAAAAAAAACACUUGUCUUCACAAAGGACUGAAUGAACAAUGUAGCAUCUCUGCUAACAUAUUGUAGCAUUUGUUGGCUGGGAAAUAACUUGACUUAAUCCAUCGACAGUUGGAAGAGAGAGAGGAAUUUAUGCAUUCAAUGGAUCUUUUAGAUGUCAUUUUCCUCUUAGGUUCCUGUCCAGUGAAGAAGAAAAAAAGAAACCGAGUACAUGAGAGACAAAGGAUUGGUCUAAAACACAAAACAUUCCAAAAACAAAAAAAGGUGCACUAGAUACAAACAGUGCAAAUUAAUCACAAAUGCACAGUAUUUACCCAUAAUCCCUCGUUCAAGUUUAGCACUUGUAUAGCAUGUUUGCCACUAAACUUAUGUCUUCCAUUCACUUCUAUCAGACUGAAACACUGCCCUCUUCACAAGUACUGAGAUAAUCAAAAACAGCACUAACUAUGAAGUUGAUCAAACGAAGCACAUGUAGCAUCAGCUCAAACAGGUCGUGUACUGUACAUUUAGACCCACGUGACACAUUCACCAUAAGAAAAUGGUGGGUAAAGACUUCUCUUUAUCUCUCAUGUACUGAAAUGGGCUUGCCCGAAAAGUCUAUGUGGGGUACCAAAGGUCCUGUAGCAAGCACUUGCUGGAUGACCUUCUGUAAUGUAAAGUAGAUUAGGAGGAUUAUUCCAAUUAGGAUGAGGCUUGUACUCGUCCUUACACUGCCCAUUGCCUCCCGUUUGCUACAAACACAUUCCUCUAAAAGUACUUUAACUGCCACAUCUCAUUCUUAUAUGCACAUUUAAAUAUUUUCCCCAUGUCUGACUGCCACAGUCAUGAGGAGCAAAAAGACUGACUCAAGGACCAGAAGUCCUAGAGACAAUUGUUAUUCUUCAUACCGAGGGAUAUUAGCCUGCCUAAAUUACAACGAAAAGGACACCCCUGCCACAAGGACACUUUUUACGUCAUAUAGAACUGUCCAUUAGCUGGAAAUGAUCAUUUCGAAAGGGACCAAUCAGAUAAACGCUACUCCUAUCACAAAGGCCGACACUGCCAAUUAGGUUCAAGAACCUCCAGAUGAAUACUGCCCCAUCUCUCUCUUGUCCCUCUUGCUGCCGACGACUUGCUUCUCAGGCGAGUCGAUGUCAAGAUAAGGAUGGCCCAUCAGGGGAGCCCUUAGGCAAAUGGGAAAAUGAGUAGAAAUGGACCAAGAGCGGAAGUGUACAAAGAGAACAAAUCUAUAUUUUGAUAAACAAAUCAACUAUCCAUGGCUUUCGGAGGAAGUUUCUGAGCAGAAAAAAGUCCAGAAUGGAAGAAACGAAAGAAAAAAAAAAAAAUCAGAUGCAAAUGUUAAUAGAAAAUUUGGCAUCAUGAAAUGGAGUCAAAGUCCUAGGGAAAAAAAGAUGGGAAGUGAAGAUUUUGUUAUGGUUAGUGGGCGAAGUUAUUUCCCCCACAAGCACCGGGACUUUUUUUUUCUUUGAAAGACAAUGAGCAAUUACAGACUCUUGCCUAUAAAGACAUGGGGAUGACAAAAGGACGGACGCUGAGAUAAACAAAUGAAAAAAAAAAAGAUAAUGCAUUUUUGUAACUUUGUUUACCAGCAUGACUAGUUUGCAUGACUGUCUUUUCUGCAAGCCCUUAGUUGAAGACAAGGGUGCUAGAGAUACAAAAAAAAGUAUAUAUAAAAUGAAUUAAAAAAAUGUUAUAUGCAAUUAAUGUUUUAAAAAAGAUUAUAAUGAAAGAGAAGAGCUAUAUUUUGUUUUGAAAAGUAAAAAAAAUGUGAAUAUUGAAACAUGUAUGUUUGCAAAGUACACCCUGAACUAUGUUUUGUUUGAUGAAAUCUCUCUGCUACUACUGCCCUACAUCCCUCAUUCCAGUGUUUUUCGACCACUGCCAUAGUUUUACUUUGUUAUGCAUCGAGCAGUAUAUUUUCUAACCAUCCAAUCAACGGCGAUCAUUCGAGACUUUGCCAAACAAUAGCAUUUGCGCAAAGGUUGUUUGUUGUUAAAUUCCAUGUUUUCCUCCUUGAAUCAUUUGCACAACUACCGUAGCAGCAGCAGCAACAGCAGCAGUUCUAAAACAACAGCUCUCCAUAUCACAACUUUGACUGCUUGUUUAGUACUCAUAGUUUGCUUUUUUUCUUUGGCAAUAAUACAAGAGUUGUCACAUGAUUGUAGCAGGGCAAACGGAGAAACCUCGAGAGUAUCCCUGACGCCUCCGUGUUAAAGAGAUUAGUAAAGGCCUUGGAUGUCCCCAUGGCAGGAUUUCGCUGGGAUAGGCAGUUCUGUUCCACUAGUCCUAAGUAGAAAAAUGGGAGUACAUGUGCAGGUUAUCCAAUAAAGACCAAUAACAGACUAUGAAAGAAACUGGCGAACAAUCAAGAGAGAUUUCAGGUUUGCAUGGAACCAACUGCCAUUCCAAAGUUUGCGUGUGGUUUAAAGGACUCAGGUGUGUCGAUGGUGUGUGUGGACGUAGGUGUUUUCUUUCUAACAUAAUAAAUUCUAGUAUAUAGAUAACGAUAAUGUGAACACCUCACCGUGAUGUGUAAAAAACGCAUGCAUUAUGACUUGAUAAUCUCUCGAGUGGGGAACAGAGUCUUGACAUAUCCCCUCAGCCUCCCGUCAUUGUUUGUCAUGAAUCCCAGUCCUGAUAACUAUGAACACUGUGCCGUGUCGUAGAGCAGAAACGUCUUCCUUCGAGAGGCAACUGAAAACUACUCGCACUCGCAGUGUCAGCAUGAGUGUGUAGAGGUAGCUCGUCUUUGUUUUUUUCGUUUUUUAGAUGGUCAGGUCUUUGCAUUCGUCAUUACCCGCGGAGUUACCGUCAUCCAGCUGGCUAAGUUGGCAGCUCAUUACAGCACACAACACAGUCACGUGAGCACCAAUCAAAGAGACCCAGAGCUUCCAAAAUGAUGUCAGUGAAGUACUUUAUUAGUUACUGCGAGAAAGAGAGGAUGAGAGAUACCAGUGUCCACCGUGGAGAGAUUGAUGUAUAAAAAAAAAAAAAAAAAAAAAGCAUCUCAUUGUUGAGUGCUCGCCAAGCACCUCAUCCUUGGUUCGGUAUUUGAAGUGAGUUUCAGGCCCUGCUGGUCCAGGGCUCAGCUCAGGCAGCUGAAUGGUCCUCUGUCCAUUCCCAGAACAUUACAGUUGGAGGCUCACCAGAAUAUCGUGUGAUGUAGACAACAUAGACUAUUCAAAGGGUUUUACAGGUUCUAUAGAGCUUCUGUCUAUUUGCAAAAAUGGUCCGUGGGAUUUUUUGUUUCGGUCCCUUUAUCUUUUUAAAGCUCCCGAUUUCAGUUCCCAUUUUUGGAAGGCAUUAAGCAACUCUGUAUGACUUCGGUGGUCACAAAGAUGUUUAUGAAUAUUUCAGAGGGGAACUUCUAGCAAUGGUGUGCACACUUUGCAAAAACUUUGUGCUUCACCCCGGCUGUUUUUCUGUGUUUUCAUGGCCGAGUACUAUCUCUUUUUUUUUUCUUUCCUUAUUAUUUUGCCAUUUCCUUCAUUCUCUACAUCGUGACUGCUCUGCCAAAAGAUGUCUUUCCUUUUCUAUCGCGUAAUACUGCCAUUUGAUUUAGUCAUGUUGAACAGAAUGAGUUACAAUGUCGAUAGUGCUAAGUCUGUUUUAUUUUCUAAUCUGUUAUAAAAUGUUAAAAGCAUUCCUGUGUUAACACUCACAUAACCAAAAUAACAAAAAAUGCUUUACAUGGUAAGUAGGUGCCACUGUUAACUUAACGGCUACUAUGUGUUGUGACAAUAUUAUGACAUGUCCUCUCCAGGUGUUUGGAAGGUGUUAUGUGGUCCUCGGUUGACGCAUCCUCUAUGAUAUCUGAUUUGUUUUCUUUAUGUGCCUGUUUCUGUUCAAUAUGUUUUUUCUUAAUUGAGGACACUGUAUGCAAUCUGCACCACGAAUGCCACUGAUCGACACUUAACUGUAUGCUCCCUGAGACACAGAUGUUCUGUCAUCAGUUCAGAUGAUUGCAACCACAUGUGUAGUGGCUUUAUGGCUUUCCAUAAAGUGACUUAGCAAUCACACUAAUCUAAAAAAAAAAAUAUUUUAUUUUGCAAAGUGAUAAAACCAGAGUUGUUUUAGAGGAAAUGUUAUCAUGCUGAAUAGAUUUUUUUCUUAUAUAUUCAAAAUGUUAUUUUAAUUAGAGAUAAUGUGACAAGCACCACAUACCGAUAUACAUACAUCUAAGUAUUACAGGCUAUUAUCACGCAUUUACGUAAGCAUUCCAAAGAUAAAAGAUGUAUGUUCAUUUUACAUGCCAUCAAAUUGUAUAAAACAGACUUAGGUACCAGUCCAUUGUACUGCGGUCUUAGUAGGAGAGUGAAUGGGGAGAAGAGGUGGUCACUGGAGUAUCUGGUUGUGACUUAUGCCGGAUUUUAUUUUUGAAAUGUUGGGACACAAAGAACAACUCAUCAAGAACUGUACAAAGUAUAUUUCAAUGGAAUGUUCAUGAUCUAUCUUUUUAUAUUUUGAAGAAAAAAUAGAAACAUAUCAAUAAAGUGUCAUAAUUGAACAUAUUUCUACUAUUGAGACUUAAAAAUGUAUGAAUGUCAAUGCGAUCUAAUGUGAACCAAUCUCCAUAGCAGCUUGAAUGAACAACUGAUUAACACUCAUGAGAUGCUUUUUCAGAGACAUUAAAAAUUGCUUAAAAAUCAUUGAAAUGAACUUAAAAUAAAUGAAAAAGUGACAUCA